GGGUGUUAUUUUACAGAGGCCAACAUUUGUCCCGCUGAACGGAACAAGUCCAGUUUCGACAUGGACAGCUAUCGCCGCCAUAGUUAAUGUAGCUUUGCUCAUUUUUGUUUUUGUUUUUAUUUUUAUUGGAACGUUUUCCCCUUGGAGUGUUUUUUUUUUAUUGUUUUUUUUUUGUUUGCCAGCCCGAGACGAUGGAUCGAGUGAAAAGCUCCAUGCAGCAAGUCCCCAACGCCAUCCCGAAAGUGAUUCGACGCACCGGAGGCGCUAACAGUCUGGAUCUGGAGAAGGAAAACUUUGAGAGAGGGCAGGCAGUCAGCAUCAACAAAGCCAUCAACACGCAGGAGGUCGCUGUCAAAGAGAAGCAUGCCAGGACCUGCAUCUUGGGGACUCAUCACGAGAAAGGCGCCCACACGUUCUGGGCGGCCGUCAACCGGCUCCCCGUCUCCAGCAAUGCGGUCCUUUGCUGGAAGUUCUGCCACGUCUUCCACAAACUGCUACGGGACGGACAUCCAAACGUGAUAAAGGACUCGAUGAGAAAUAAGGCUGACUUGACGGAUAUGAGCAGGAUGUGGGGUCACCUGAGUGAAGGCUACGGGAAGCUCUGCAGCAUCUACCUCAAACUGCUCAUCACCAAAAUGGAGUUUCACAUCAAAAACCCUCGGUUCCCCGGCAACCUGCAGAUGUCAAACAGACAACUCGAAGAGGCGGGAGAGAAUGACGUCAACAACUUCUUCCAGUUAACGGUGGAGAUGUUCGACUACCUGGAGUGCGAACUCAACCUCUUCCUUGGCGUGUUCAGCUCCCUGGAUAUGUCCCGGUCCGUGUCGGUGACCGCCGCGGGCCAGUGUCGCCUGGCCCCGCUCAUCCAAGUCAUCCUGGACUGCAGCCACUUGUACGACUACACGGUUAAGCUGCUCUUCAAGCUGCACUCAUGCCUUCCGGCGGACACCCUCCAAGGCCACCGAGAUCGCUUCCAGGAGCAGUUUCGGAAGUUGAAGAGUCUUUUUUAUCGCUCCAGCAACUUGCAGUAUUUCAAGAGGCUGAUUCAGAUCCCGCAGCUGCCUGAGAAUCCGCCGAACUUCCUGCGGGCGUCCGCCCUGUCGGAGCACAUCAGCCCCGUGGUCGUGAUCCCCGCAGAGUCGUCGUCCCCGGAGUCCGAACACACGGUGGAGACCGACGACCUGGUGGACACGGACCUCCCCGCCGUGCCGGCUCCGGUGGAGACCAAAUUUGAUGACCUGUUUGGAACGUCCGCCGCAAUCGAUCCCUUCAACUUCAACAAUCAGAACGGGAUGCGCAAGGAUGAUAAGGAUCGGCUGAUUGAGCAGCUGACAAGGGAAAUCCAGAUCCUGAAGGACGAGUUGGAAUCCUUCCGAUUGGAGACCGGACGAUUGUGUCAGGCCCUGAGGGGCCGCGUCAACGAGCUGGAAGCGGAGCUGGCCGAGCAGAGCCACCUGAGGCUGCAGGCGGCGGCGGAGAGCGAGUUCCUCAAGGCGGAGCUCGACGACCUCAGGAGGGUCAGGGAGGACACUGAGAAAGAGCAGCGGACUCUGACCGAGAUCGAGAAAAAGGCUCAGGCCAACGAGCAGCGCUACACCAAGCUGAAGGAGAAGUACAGCGAGCUCGUGCAGGGCCACGCCGAAUUGCUGAGGAAGAACGCCGAGGUCACCCGGCAGAUGACCGUGGCCCGAGCCGCUCAGGACGAGGUGGACGCGGUGAGGAAGGAGAUGCAGGACAAGGUGAAGGCGGCCCAGGAAUUUGCGGACAGGCAGGAACGGGCGCAGCGCGAGCGCGUUGAGGAGAUGCAGAGGGAGUUGGUGUCCAGCAGGGCCGAGCUGGAUUCCCUCAAGACCACCAUGGCCUCCUCUCAGCAGUCCAGCGAGGCGCUCGGCGCCCAACUGGCUGCCGCGGAAUCCGAGAAAGCGGCGCUCGUCGAGUCGCUGUCCAAAGCGGAGGCCGAGCUGGCCGUCCAGGGGGAGGAGCUCCAGCGCGUCGGCAGCUCUUUGGCGACGGAGCGGGAGACCGCCGUCAAGAUGGCGGAAGCCCUGCAAAAUCAGCUCAAUGACAAGGAGAGCAGAGAGCAGGCGUUGGAGAGCCAGCUGGUCGCGGCCCGCUGGUCCAGCCUGCGGGGGGCUGCGGAAGAGGCGGAGAAGAUCGUCCGAGACUCGCUGACCCGGAUCGACGACCCGGCCCACAUCGGCUGCACCGGCUCAGCGGAUUACCUGGCGUCUCGAUGUCGCGCGUCCUUAGACUGCGUGGAGCGGCUCCAUCCCGCCAGAGACGCCUUCCUAGCUAACGACGCGGGUGCGUCUCAGUUGCUCCGAGUGGUGACCCAAUGCGGCCACCUAGUGGGCGACACCAUCGUUCAGGGCAGCGCCACCUCCCACAUGGUGCCGGUGGAGCAGGCCGACGUUCUUUUGGAAAGCGUGAAGGCGUGCGGUGCCGAGGCUCUGGUUCUGCUGCGCCACUUGAAGGCGGAGGACGACAUCGCCACGGCCGACGACUCCAAGCUGAAAGAGGCUCUCCGGGCCGCGCUGGCCUCCGCAGAGAAACUGCGUCCUCGGGGUCUGGAGCUGCAGCAGGGGGAGCUGGGAGAUCUCGUGGAGCGGGAAAUGGCGGCCACAUCUGCAGCCGUGGAGUCCGCCGCCGCCAGGAUAGAGGAAAUGCUCAACAAGUCUCGAGCGGUCGACACGGGCGUCAAGAUGGAGGUCAACGAGAGGAUCUUAGCUUCGUGCACGGAUCUGAUGACGGCCAUCAAGGCGCUGGUUCUGUCCUCCAAAGAUCUGCAAAGGGACAUCGUCGAGGCCGGGAGGGGCGCAGCCUCCACCAAGGAAUUCUAUGCCAAGAAUUCCCGCUGGACGGAAGGCCUGAUUUCCGCCUCCAAGGCGGUGGGAUGGGGCGCCACUGUCAUGGUGGACGCCGCCGACCUCGUGGUGCAGGGCCAAGGGAAGUUCGAGGAGCUGAUGGUGUGCUCUCACGAGAUCGCCGCCAGCACGGCGCAACUGGUCGCCGCCUCGAAGGUGAAGGCGGACAAAGACAGCGGCAACUUGCGUCGGCUGCAGCAGGCGUCUCGGGGGGUCACCCAGGCGACUGCCGCCGUCGUGGCCUCCACCAAGUCCGGGAAGUCCCAAAUCGAAGACAAAGAUACGAUGGACUUCUCCAGCAUGACGCUGACGCAGAUCAAGCGACAAGAGAUGGACGCCCAGGUUCUGGUGCUGGAGUUGGAGACGCGUCUGCAGAAGGAGCGCCAGCGUCUCGGGGAGCUGAGGAAGAAACACUACGAGUUGGCGGGGGUCGCCGAAGGUUGGGGGGCCGACGAGGAGGGCUCAGGUUGACCCCCCCCCCCACCUGCCCCCCCAGAACCACAUCCCCCACCGUCGUGGCCUCAGGCCGGAAGAAACUUGUAUUGAUACACUCUUCUCCAUGUCCGUCUUUGCUAGAUUUUCCGCUCUUGUGUGUCCGUUUGUUAAUCAGGCCAAAUGACACGGUGCUUGCUCGCUAAACCUGAUUCUUCACGCCCAGAUCUGGGGGGGCGGGGGGGGUCUUCCACGGGGGCGGGGGGCAGCGGCACGGGAGGCCACGAGGAACAAGAACGACUCGACUUUGCGGCGUCGCGCCUCCUCCUCGGAUCGCGUGCGUGGAGCAGUACACUACUUAUUUAUUAUCUGCGCUCCCCUGAUGCUAAUUGCUAGCAAACUCGUUCACCCCGAGGAGUUCGAGCACAAGUUCCAAUUCUCGAAAGGACAAGGGCGAGGUCCGAAUUCCCCCACCCCCGCCCCGAAUCGGGUGUCGGCAGAACAAAUCGGACCAAAAGAAGCCUCUCGCGCUCGGGUGCCGGACGUCAGUUUCGACGUGCGCUAGCUCGCUAGCCGCCCGCUCGGUAGCGCUUCGCUGGACCCGCCUGCCUUUCAUCUUCGUGACCGAGCUGACUGUUAAACCCCGCCGGAACCUCCACCCCAUCCCGUUUAGGUUUGCCAAGAAGGGGGGAAGGCGACCAAUCCUUGUCGUAAACUGUAAGCGGCAGCGCGCGCACAAGCGAUUAGCCAACAAAUUAUAGUCAGCAACUGUUAGCAGGAGGAGUUUAGCUCGCUAGCGAAGCAACAACGCGUUGGGCUCUGGUGCCUUUUCAAUUAUUAUAGAUUAUUAUUAUUAUUAUUAUUAUUUAGAUUUGCCAAACUAGAGCUACAACGGCCCGCUUUGGAGAAUCGGGCGCACAAUUAGCAAAUGUAGAAUUAUUAUUUUUUAGACGGGAACAUCAUUUUAACCGCGUUCUACUUGUCGACCGCUUAGUGCAGACCACGUCGCGGUCGUCACUUUCGCAGGGAACAAAACUUCAGCGGCGUCGAGACGAGUCGGCCUUCGUUCGCUUCGAAAUUAUGUGGACUAUGAAGUGUAUGGAGGUAAAUAUGUUCCGCUAAGAUUUUAUUUUGAAAUGCCACCGAAAACAGGAUUUUAAUUUGAAAUAUCAAGUGAUUACAUUUUCAACAGUUGCUACAAUUCGCUGUCUGAAAUUCAACCGUCUAAACUGUUAUUACUGUGGAACAAAAAUAUUUAAUCAUCUCAUCAUAUUUACAUCAAUUUAUGAACUAGUUUUGGACUCAGAAAUCAAGGCUAGUACCGUGUUUUUCCAACUAUUCACGUUUGGUAACACAAAAAUGCUUGUAAUAUCUCUACUUUAUCAUUUAUGAUAUCUGACAAUUUUAAAUUUUGGUACAGAUUUGAACUAGAAUCAUGGAAAUUGACACACUAGAUUUGGCUUCGCGGGCCACUUAAAAUCAUAAGGUGGGCCAGAUCUGGCCCCCCAGGCCUUGAGUUUGACACAGUAUCAGUCGAGUGUACCCCUUUAAAAAUUUGGUACCGAUUUUGAAUGGAAUUAUGGAAAUUGACACACUAGAUUUGGCUUCGCGGGACACUUAAAAUCAUAAGGUGGGCCAGAUCUGGCCCCCCCAGGCCUUGAGUUUGACACCUGUGACAUCCAGUAUCAGUCGCUCACAUUUGAAAAAUGUCCAGGUGUGGUCAGUCAUGCCCGCGGAUAUAAAGUUACGGGUGUGUGUUCUGUUCGUAAUUAUGAGUGUACCCCUUUAAAAAUUUGGUACCGAUUUUGAAUGGAAUUAUGGAAAUUGACACACUAGAUUUGGCUUCGCGGGACACUUAAAAUCAUAAGGUGGGCCGGAUCUGGCCCCCCCGGGCCUUAAGUUUGACACCAUUGUUCUAAAUUCAGUGUUAAGAAGGGCGGGGCUACUUCAGGUCACAACCAAACAGCCAGCCAAUCCAGUGACGCUUUCUUAGGAUGUCACGUCACGUGACAAAGAAAGCGUGACUGCGAUUGGCUGGCUGUUCAGUUCUGACCUGAAGUAACCCUGCCUGGCGGCACAGACGGCGAAUUGUGGGAAGUACUAAAAAUGCGAUGACUUUACAUUUCAAAUUAAAAUCCUGUUUUCUGUGGCAUUUCAAAUUCAAAUCCUGGUGGCACAUAUUUACUUCCAAAAUAAAAGUGAGGUAGGCAGAAAACAACAGACGCCAUUUUUUUGUCCCGCGAGCGGGAGGCUCAUCGCGACCGCGUUUUGUGGUCUUAAACAUAAUUUGGGCGCAAAUAGUCGCAGGUGUUCAAAUGCUAUUUUCGAUAAAUCUUCAACACCUUCUGAUGUAGUUAUUAUUAUUUUUUUAUUUUUUAGAAAAAGUUAGCGUCAAAGUAAAGCUCACGCAAGUGUUCCUGCAGCGCCGUCGUCCCCGUUGUAUUUAAUACUUCAUCCCCGUUGAGAAUCAUUCGAAAAGCGCAUCGGCGGUGACGAUGAUUGCUCCGUCGUCGUGACGACCGCUUGCGAUAUUAUUAUUAUUUUUUUUUCGUUGUUGUUGUCCCCAAAUCUCGUUUUAUUAACCCCCCCGUCUCUGGUCCGCCGUCGUACCAGCUCAGCCAGCCUUUCAAACUGCCUCACACUCGUAGUUCGAGAAACUACUCACUCGCGUAGCGACAUUGACGUGUUUUUGUAUCGUGUACUAAACCGAUGUUGGUGGGUUUUGUUUAUUUUUUCAGUUUUUAAAAAUAAAUAUUUCAACUUGUUAAUAACAGUCAUGGGCGUGUGUCAU